AGUGUAGCUGGGUUAGCCGGGGGGGAGUUUGCAAAGGAGGCGGCAGGUGCCUAUUUAUACAGAUUCUCGUGUGGCAACUCCACUGCGCAAGUUGCCAUGUGUCUCUUGGUCGACGGAGCGAUCGAUGCGAAGCAUCGGAAGGAGCUUAUUGGAAACUCCGGCCGUUCCGUGGAAUUUGUCGAGCAUCUAGAGCUUGUCUUCUUGCUUGCAUGAACAGCGUUGCUGUAGGCCUGUCUAUUUGUACCCAUGCAUAGGCGCUACCAGUGUCGGGACAGAUUCAAUGUUCCAUAGGGAAAUUUUGCUGUAGUCCUGACGCUCAGUUUCUAGAAAGCAUUGAUGCAUUUCCUUCCCUUCUUGUCCUUAUUUUAGAUUGCUGUUUACUUUAAGACAGAGCCUUAUUUUAGCUAGCUCCUGCCACUAAUAAUAAUCCUUUCUACAUUCACAUUGCUCUGUUCCUGUCCCAAUAAGUCCCUGCCGCUCUCCAUCACUUUCUUCGGUCCCUCCCUCCCGUCUCCUUCCUCUCUUCCUGCAUAUAUCCUCGCACGUCGCCCUUGCUGCCAUGGGGCCGUCCAAUUUCUCUGAGAAUCCUAAUGUCCUGAGAGGGAUUGCAGGAUCCUCUUGGACCGCCCCCCGCUUCCCGCACACGCCAUCCAACAGCAUAACAAACACACAGGAUUGCUCCGCCUCUCGGAAUCAGAUAGUUCUUGGCCGCCUUUGUUGUGAUCGUGGCCACAAGGCCCCAAGGGAUGCAGGUCGCGUCGAUUGAAUGAGAAGUAGGUGAGGGAGAUAGAGCAUGGUUGAGGAUGGCGCCGAUCAUACUUCACCGUGCGUUGUCCUUCUCCAUCCCGUUGCUUCAUCGCCGUGAUGUGUCGUCGCCCUUACAGGCCUCGGAUGUGUCGAACAGACCUGAAGGCCUGGCAUUAUUGACGAGAAUUGCUGAGGACACUGACUGCUGCGAUUCUGGACCUCCAUUGCCAGACCACUCGCCGUUGGAGAAAAGCCUCAUCAGCAAGAUCCUCCGUCUGAGAGGUGUUUUGGAUCUGCCAUGUCGAAGUUCAUGCGACGCGUUGGAUCAGUUGCUUCUGGAUACCCUGGGGGUUCUGAAGGUUGCAUAUCCCAAAUGCUUAUCAGGUGUAUCAGGAAACCAUACAUCUUCUGUACGGGAGGGACUUGUUCACCUCCAUCAGGUCCUCGUGUUGGUUCAGGAUUGCUACUCGAAAAUCAAGCAGCUGCCUAACUCUGGCUCUGAGAAGCAAACAAUCAUGGAGAGCGAGAGCUUAGACCAUGUAGGUAAGCGUGUCAUUGAGAUGCUUGAUCAGGUGACUCCAGUGGUGAAAGAAAUGUUCAGUUCCAUGGAAAGCUCCAGUUCUGCACAGGCGGCGGCGGCAGCAGCAGCUUGGCCGGAGGAUCUCCCAGAAAGAAGAACCCUCCCUCCUGUUCUCUGUCGCACUACAUCCCAUCAUCCAUCAGACGGUGACGAGGUUGCGAUGCACACAGGACGUUGCAAAGUUGAGGCACCGGCGCCUGGGCACGAGACAGAUGAGGGCGUUUGCACCAGGGAGGAGGAUGGCCAAACCAGCAGCCGUGAACCGCUGUCAGCUCCUAUUCCUACCGCUGAGUUUUUACCGCUGCAGCCGACGCUGUCGUCGGUGUCCCCACAUCUGCUGUCGGCGCCGCCGCCGUCCCCGAUGCCCGUGGUUGGCUUGUCCAUGCUUCUGCAGUCGUGGGAGGCAACGCAAGAUGGCCACGCCACCGCCGCCGCAGUGGUGCCACCUGCUGGCGUCGCACAGCCUGCUGAGGCAGCGCCGACGGCACACAAAGACACCACGCCCGUCGGCACCAGCAUGGAAGUCGAAGGCUCUACGUCCUCUGUGUUACUUGAAGCUGGUCAGCCUGAGCCAUGCGUGGAUUCACCCAAUGGGAGCACGCAGGCACCAGCGCAGGGCGGCAAUGCCGCUGUUCCAAACGUGCCGCCGCCGCCGCCGCCAGUACCGGCGCACAGAGGCAGAUCUCAAGAGGGGCCGUCUAUGGACGAGCCCGGUCCGGCAGUGACAGACACGCCACCUCGACCGCCGUGUGAAAUGCAAGGAGAACCACCUGCACUGCCGCCGGCCGCCGCCAAGGUUUUGCCGUCGCCGUCGCCGUCGCCGUCGCCGCCGCCACUACCGGCGCACAGAGGCAGAUUUCAAGAGGGGGCGUCUAUGGACGAGCCCGGUCAGGCAGUGACAGACACACCACCUCGGCCGCCGUGUGAAGUGCAGGGAGGACCGCCUGCACCGCCGCCGGCCGCCGCCAAGGUUUCGCCAGCGCCACCGCCGCCCCCUGGAAGCAUCUCGGCAGCGGUGCGCGGCAAGAAAGCCGCGAGCAAGCUGAAACGAUCGACGCAGAUGGGCAGCCUGUACAGACGCCUGCGAGACAGAGUGGAAGGCUCUGGCAGCACGCACGGCGACAGGAUGCGGCAGAACCGCAAGAGGCCCCGGACGGUAGGCGCGUCCAAGAGCGACGCCGGCGGCCAGGGCAUGGCCGAUGCAUUGGCCGAGAUGGCUAAGAGAUCGACGUACUUCCGACAAAUCGAAGAGGACGCGGAGAAGUAUGCAGCGGUGAUCCUGGAGCUGAAGGACGCCAUCGGCUCGUUCCAGUCCAAGGACAUGUCCGAGCUGGUGAGGUUCCGUCAGCACGUCGAGCGGCAGCUGGUGUGCCUGACCGACGAGACACAGGUGUUAGCCAGGUUCGAGGGCUUCCCUUCCAAGAAGCUGGAGGCGUUGAGGACGGCGGCCGCGCUCUACUCCAAGCUGGACGGCACCGCCUCGAGGCUCCAGUGCUGGAAGCACACCGCCGGCCCCGUAUCGGCGCAGCUCGACAGAUUGGAGAGCUACUUCAACAAGGUCAAAGACGAGGUGGACAUGGUAGAGCGGAACAGAGACGAGGAGAUGAAGCGGCUGCAGUCCCAGGGCGUUCACUUCGACUUCGGCGUGCUGGUCCGGAUCAAGGAGGGCAUGGUAGACCUGUCGUCCGCCUGCAUGGAGCUCGCCUUGAAGGAGAGCCAGGACGCCAGAGAGACGCCGACGCCGACGCGUGCGAAGUGGGCGAGCAGCCACGGCGAUGGAGAGUCGAGGAUGCUGUGGCGGGUGUUCCAGCUGGCCUUCCGGGUGUACAACUUCGCCGGAGGCCAGGACGAGCGGGCGGACAGGCUGACGAGCAUCCUGGCGCACGAGAUCGAGGAGCGAGCGCUCCUGUAAGCCUUUCCGUGCGACGUGUACGGUUUUUUUUUUUUUGGUGUGUCCGUGUGUGAAAGCGAGAAAGUGUACGCAUCAUGUCAUGUGCAAUCUCCGAGAGGUGCAACUUGCAAGUUCUAUAUGUCUCCUUCGAACUUUAAAUAGAUUUAUUUAUGGUAUA